AGCUCUCUUUGCUGCACUAUCGCACUUCCUCAUGGUCCCUCUAAGAACAAACUUGCAGCUGCCACCUCGACCACCAUCAACCUUAUAAGCGAGCUCCAAGGGUUUCGUGAGGACUUUUACACUGACAGUACGGGACAUACUACCAUCGCUAACAUCCACGACCCCAUUUCGAAGGCUGAAGAAAAAAGACUUUAUUCGUGUGACGUAAAAGCCUUCGAGAAGUGUGUUUGCAAUAUGGAAAACUCCUACGUUGCUCUCGUCAGCUUCGCCUAUAACUCGGGCUGCGGCGGUGUCGAGUCCUAUUGGCAUGAUGAUAUGACCCAGAAGAACUUCAAGGGUGUAUGCAAAGCUCUCCCAUACACCAAUACUUUAGGAGGUCAACUAAAAGGCCGUCGAGCCAAAGAGGGCGCAUACUGUAUGCAAGCAUCUAAUCAGACUUCUGGCUACUAG